UUGUUUAUAAACUGUUUUAUCUGUUACGAGCCUAACGCAGAAGGUAUUUGACACCAUCUUUUUUUGUCGGGCGACAUUAAUAUAAUUGAUCGGAUAUAUCGUUACAUGUUUAUGUCAUUUCUGAGUGACUCAGCUUUACCUUAUCAGUUGAAAUAUCUCAUACCGUUUAAAGCACUUGAAUACAGCAGUUUAUGACAGUUUGAAACAGGAACAGGUACGGCAAAUUUGGAACGGUAAGAUGAAUAAAUAGUUGUUGGAAUAAAGCGUUUAGAAAACACAAAGUUUUAUGUUUCAAGCAUGUCGAAUGCAAGCUCUUCUAGUGAUCGAGAUGAGUUGUACAAAAAUUGGAUAAAACGGGGACUUGGGUUAAAAUAUGUGAAAAAUGGCGUAACAAAGUACGUGGUAGACACAGUAAAUAAACAACACGCGGACUUUUUGAAAACAGGGCCAUGUGUCAAGUGCACCUCUUGUAAACUCGAAACACUACAACCAGCUCACACAUGCACAUUUACAAAGGGGUCACCGAAACUAUGUCCAUUAGGAAUGAAAAAAUGCCUGUGUCUGAAGAAAAAUCAAAUUCCAUGCCCAAACAACUUUUGUGGCGCAAUUCAUGACGAAAUCGUUAAAUCAAAUCGUUAUCGUGAUCCUAAUUGGUCAAACACGGACAUCUGCAAGUGGUCAUCUGAACCUUGGGAGGUGGCAAAAUGCUUCAUCAAUAUCAGUGGAUAUGCGGACAAGACGACUGCCGAAGAAACAGACUGUUCUGGAAUCCUCAGUAUCAUUUGUAACAACUUCGAAUUUCCUGCCCACUUAGAGCAGAUCGCGAAAGAAGUAAAAAGUACGAGGAACGAAAUAAUGCACGCUCCUAAUUUGGAAGUAGCAAAUACAGUUCUAAAGCAAUAUUUGACAAACAUGGAAGACUUGCUUGCGAGUAUUCCACCUGGUUUUCCUGAGGUUACUUCCGCAAUUACAGACAUUCAGAUGCUGAAUAAGACGGCUUUUAUCACGCCUAAGGAUGAAAAAGAAAUGAGACUCGAUGCAAUAAAGGAAUUCCAGAUUGAAAAAGAUCGCAUUAUUCAGGAAUUACAAACUAAAGAGAGAGAAAUCAGUGCUCUGACAGACCAAUCCAAAUCUGAAAUAAAUGAUGAGUUAAAUGUUGCAAAGACAAAUAUCGAAACAGAAACAAAUGCCAGUAUCAAAGAACUACACAAAGACCUGAACUCAAACAAAGACUUGGCAAUUCAAGAAAUGAAUAAAUCUAAACAAGGUUAUAUUGACGAAAUCAAAAGCACUGCAAAUAAGGCUUUGUCUGAAAUAAGUGAAAGCAAGACAGAAGCAUUACAAUCGAUCACACAUCAAACGCGACAAACAAAAGAUUCACUGACAGAAUUACACGUUAAACAUAAGGAUGUAGAAAUGAAAUUGGACGAUCUAGAACAGACACUUUUUACUGAACAAAAGAACGUGAAGAUUCUUAGCGGAAGAACGGAUGUGAUCGAGGAGAAACAGAAGCUUAUGGAAGCAAACAUUUCCAAAUUAAACUCAAAACACACAGACUCGCCGAAUGAACUUUCAACCCUGAAGAAAGAGUUAGGAAAUCUUGACCAGAAAAUGGACGCGCUUGUGUCUUUAGAGGAUAAAGAAGAAUUACGUGCAGACCUCUUUAAAUAUUAUCAGAAACAGUUUUCAAACAUGUGUGUCUCUCCAGGAGUAAGCUGUCCUCUUAGACUGGUAGGUAAUAUUUUGUACCAGACUACUGAAAUUGAACCAGAUAUAGACGAAGAAAGUGAAAAUUUGCAGAUUGAGGAUACAGAGGACGAGAUGAACAAUCUAGUGACAGAUAAUAAAGAUUUGUUGGAGAAUUCAUACAAAUCUGUAUUCUACAAGGAAAAUAAACAAUUAAACAGUGUUUUGUUGGUAGGAAAGUCAAGAAAAGGCAAAACGGCUUGGUGUUGGAAUCUUUUGCAAAAAUGGGUGAAUAGUUGUUUGAAAAAGCAUGAGAAUGAGCAUGUUAGAGAUGGAAGUGCCAAAGCUGAGAGAGAUAGAGAGACUGCCGGAGAGGUGGGUGGUGAAAGUCUGAAGGACGAUGAGAUGUUUCUCUGUAAGUUUGAUGUAGUUAUUUAUUUGCCUUUAAGGUAUGUGAGAGACUUGCCAAAUUGCAUAACGAUAGCCGAAUUGAUGCAAAAUUGUCUUAGUGUUCCAUUAUACCAAAACAAAAGAAAAGAUAGAAAAACUGCAACGUCUGUUAAAAUCAAAUAA